AUGUCAGCGACAGUCGACCCGAACUUGCGAAUACUCGAGCCUCACGGACUGCCGCUCGCCAUCAUCAUCGUAUCGUCCGUCUUCCUCGUCAUAUCGGUACUAUGCGUCGGCGUACGCACCUGCGUGCGCCUUACCGAGGGCACGUUCGGCGUUGACGAUGGCCUCAUGCUGGCAGGAACUAUCGCGUACGUGCCGUGCGUAGGACUCGCCAUCUACGGGUGCCUCGUUGGCCUGGGAACACUCCAAGCCCAGCUCAACAUGUGGAUGUUCUCCGAAGCCCUCAAGACCUACGUUAUCUGGAUUCUGAUCUACGUCAUCGCCCUCGCCCUCGUCAAGUCUUCCGUCUGCUUCACCAUCCAACGCAUCAUCACGAACGACAAGGGCCUCCGCAUCGCGGUCUGGGUGUUGCUCGGCGUCACGUGGGCGUCCUUCUUCAUCACCUUCAUCGGGACGCUGCUCUACUGCUCGCCGACCUCGGCGCUGUGGACGCCGUCGAUGUUGAUCAGCGGCGAAGGCACGUGCGGGUCCGUCGACAUCUUCGUCGCCAUCGGGCACGUCGCGACGAGCUCGACCAUCGUCACCGAUCUGGCCCUGGUUGUGGUGCCUGCCAUCAUCCUCUGGAGAACGCAGAUGAAGAGGCAGACCAAGUUCCAAGUCUUUGGCCUGCUUUCCUUUGCAUCGGUGGCAUCAAUCAUCACCAUGAUCCGCAUCCCCUACGUCAACAAGUUCAAGGCCCAGCAGGACCUCCAAUUCUGGGUCGCCCACACGGUACUCUGCUCCAACAUCGAGACGGGCAUCGGCUGCAUUGCCUCAUCCAUACCCUCGCUGCGGCGUUUCAUCGCGCGCACUCGCGGCACGACGGAGAUCUCAAAGGCGAGCGGAAGCGGAACCAAGUCGGCGCUCUUCACGAUCGGCAGCAAGCCCCUCGACCAGCGGAGCCGCGAACGCUUCCGCAACCCGACCGACGCGGGCUUCAGCCUGUCGACGGUCCACGGCAGGGGCGACGAGACGUGGGAGCGUCUCCAGGACGGCGACUCGGACAAGGGGGACCUGCUGCCGGUCGACCAGAAGGGCGGCAUCCACGCCCAGUACUCGUACCAGGUCGAGAUCGAGAUGACGCCAAACUCGAGGAGCCCGGAGGGUCGACUGGGCACGAUGGGCUCGACUCGAUGA